UUCCCGGUUCCUGUUUUGAGGAAGGACCGAAAUAUGGUCCCCUGUUCUGCCAGUUAGCAUUACCCUGUUUUUAGCUGUAGUUCAGUAAAUAUAGCUGCUGUAUAAAACUGUAGAUAUAAAUAAAUAACCUCUAUUUCUGUCAAACAGAGCUUUCUCUGGUCCGGUUCUGGUUCGGUAAGGCUGCGCGUUAGAAUUAUACAGCUAACUGUUAAAUAAAGUAAUGUAAUUAUAUAUCUUAUUAUUAUUACUCUUUUCGAUUAGCUAGAUGGCUAGCUACAUUAGUUAGUUCGAUAGAUAGUUUAAUAAUGCUUUAGUGAAUCUCGGUCCAGUUGGUCUUACUGGUUACUGUGUUAGAUUGUAUGAGUCUGUGUUCAGAGAGGAGCUGCGGAUGAGCGGGAGGCGAGCCGAGCCCCGGGACUGGGACUGGAACAGCCCGCGGUGCCGAGCGGAGCUGGACCACAUUUUUUUCCGGCAGCAUGAUUACAUCCGGGCCAACAGCCCCGAACACGCAGAGUUCUGGACUUUCUUCGAGCGCUUCCAGCGGUUCCGAGCCAAAAGAGAGCUCUCCGGGUCCAGCAGCAGCAGAGGCCGGGCCGAGCCGCAGGACGGUAAAGCCCGGAACCGGAGCGGAACAGGCGGACCGGAUCUCGGGCUUCCUAAGGAGUACGAUGCGCGGUACCGGAUCAGCGUGUCGGUGUGCAGCAGGGACGUGGAGGACGGGUUCGGAAGCUCAGGUCACCGGCGGUCCGGCGGGGAGUCUUCCGGACCGGGCCGGGAACAGGUCUCAGAGUGCCGCCUUGCUCUGCUCCACUUUCUGGACUUCGCUCAGAAACAGAGCUUUAGUAAAGUGCUGAAACUCCGGCGCGAACAGAGGAACCUGCCCAUCUUCCAGUACCGGGAGCGGCUGGUGGAGCUGGUGAGGAGGAACCCGGUGGUGGUGGUGGCGGGAGACACGGGCUGCGGAAAGUCCACCCAGGCGCCCCAGUACCUGCUCGGCUCCGGAUUUAGUAACAUCGCCUGUACCCAGCCCCGCCGCAUCGCCUGCAUCUCCCUCGCCAAGCGGGUCAGCUUCGAGACCCUCAACCAGUUCGGAUCCAAAGUCGGCUACCAGAUCCGCUUUGAGACAAGUCGAACCCCCUCAACCAAGCUGCUGUUCCUGACUGAGGGUCUGCUCCUCCGGCAGAUCCAGCAGGAUGCUGCACUGUCCCAGUAUCAGGUUCUGAUCGUGGACGAGGUUCAUGAGAGGCAUCUGCACUGUGACUUCCUGCUGGGUGUCCUGCGCUCUCUGAUCGCGAGGCGGCCAGACCUGCGGCUGGUUCUGAUGUCCGCUACCAUCAACAUCAAGCUUUUCUCUGGUUACUUUAACCAUGCCCCUGUGCUGCAGGUACCAGGCAGACUCUUCCCCAUUCAGGUGAUUUAUCAGCCGAUCCCACCAGAGGAGCAGGUCUCUAAAUCAGAGAAGCUGGACCCGCGCCCUUACCUGCGAGUUCUACAGGGGAUUGACCAGCGCUAUCCGGCAGAGGAGCGAGGAGACCUGCUGCUGUUCCUGAGUGGAGUAGCUGAGAUUUCCACUAUCAUGGAGGCUUGCCAGACAUAUGCCACCCACACCAACCGCUGGAUCGUCCUGCCCCUGCACAGCACGCUGUCCCUGACCCAGCAGGACAAGGUGUUUGACAUUGCUCCCCCCGGAGUCAGGAAAUGCAUAAUUUCAACAAACAUAGCUGAGACAUCAGUGACCAUUGAUGGGGUGCGGUUUGUAGUUGACUCAGGUAAAGUAAAGGAGAUGAGUUUUGACCCGAAGGCAAAGAUGCAAAGACUUCAGGAGUUCUGGAUUAGUCGGGCCAGCUCAGAGCAGAGAAAGGGACGUGCAGGAAGAACCGGACCAGGAGUCUGCUACCGGCUCUAUGCCGAGUCAGACUACGAGGCCUUUGCCCCGUACCCAGUCCCUGAGAUCCACAGGGUGGCACUAGAUUCACUAGUGCUCCAGAUGAAGAGUAUGGGUCUGGGUGAUCCUCUCUCUUUUGCUUUUAUUGACCCACCGCCCACUUCCAGCAUUCAGACAGCAGUGACGUAUCUUAAGGAACAGGGGGCGCUAGAAGCCCGUGGGGAGCUUACCCCUAUUGGAACGCUGUUGUCGCAGCUGCCAGUGGACGUGGUUAUUGGUAAAAUGCUGGUUCUGGGUUCGCUGUUUAGUCUGGUUGAGCCGGUGUUGACCAUAGCUGCAGCUCUCAGUGUUCAGUCGCCAUUUCUGCGCAGCGCUCAGCAUAACCCUGACUGCUCCACUGCGCGCCAGCCCCUGAACAGUGACCUGGGAGACCCCUUCACCCUGCUCAACACCUUCAACGCGUGGGUGCAGGUGAAAGGGGAAAGAGGGGGUGGGUCAAGGAAGUGGUGUAAGAGGAGGGGACUGGAGGAGCAGCGGCUGUACGAGAUGGCCAAUCUGAGACGACAGUUUAAGGAGUUAUUGAGGAGUCACGGCCUAUUAGAGACAGAGGAGCCGCCAGCUCCGUCGGCACAGGGCCGGACAGAGCGGCGGGAGAGGCUGACCGAGCGCAGCCGGCUGUACCAGCUGAAGAGGGAGCAUGAGCUGCAGGACGGCGGCCGCAGGAAAGUGCUGCGUCUGGACGAAGGCCAGGAGGAAGAGUCCUGCUCCGGGUCAGACAAUGAGGGAAGCGGAUCUGGGAAAAAAGACAAAAACUCUAUGGGGCGAGACGUGGACAUACAGGAAGUGAAGUUUAAACUGCGUCAUAACGUGACCAAGCUUCAGGAAGCUGCAUACGUCAGUGCGGACCUGUCGUCUCGGCAGCUGGCACUGCUCAGAUUGGUGCUGUGCCGCGGUCUGUACCCACAGCUGGCACUGCCUGAUGAACAUAAUUCCACUCGCAAAGACUCAGAGCAGGUGUUUCAUACUCGUAAUAAGCAGGGAGUCGUGAUCCACCCGACCAGUGUGUUCGCCAUCGACCCGGAGGUGCUGCAUGUUUCCGAGAAUGAGACCGGAGAGUUUGGAGCUGAUAGGGGGGAGAGUAACAGGCACCAGCUGCUGGCGUUUGUGACGCUGCUGGAAACCAACAAGCCAUACGUGUCCAGCUGCGUCCGAGUCCCGGCUCUGCAGGCUCUGAUGCUGGUGGCGAACAGUGUGGACAGUAAUGCAGACUGUACUCGGCUGGUGGUGGACGGUUGGCUGGAGCUGUGCGUGUCUGAUGGCGAGGCAGCACUGAGGGCUCUCUCCUCUGCCCUGAAGCUGAGGGCUGAGUGGGAACGACUGCUCCAGGCCCAGCUCGGCCACACGGGUUCAGGUUCCACCGCAGGUCUUGGGUUCUCCGGGCCAAAACCAGGUCGACGCGAGCUGGAGAAACUGGCUGAGGGACUUGUUCGCUUUCUGGUCUACAAUGAGGUGACUUACAGUCUGAGACGGCUGACCGCACUUCAGACUCAGAACCUGUACAUUGGACCCCAGCUGAACCCGGAGCUGUCACUCCCUCCACUGUUUCCUGGGAUGAAGGCAGAACCGGAUCCAGUAAAAGGAGGCCUGCGGGUUACCAGCUACUUCACCUACAACUGCCUCUGUGACUCUAAAGACCUGUACAGUGAAUGUUUACGGACGUUUUGGAGCUGCCCUCACUGUGACCUGCACAUGCCCCUGACCCCACUGGAACGCAUGCAGCACGAGGCCACCUGCAGAUCAGCAGAGGAACAGCAGCCAGAAGACGACCCCACAGAUGACUCACCACAGGCUGCGUCCACAUCUGCUCUGACUCGACUCUACCACUGUGACCUCUGUAACAAAGACUUGACACUCACCUCCACGCAGAUCCUCAAACACAAGCGCCAGCACCAGCCCUGACCUCUGUGCCAGCCUUCUGCCCUGACCUGACCCCUGCGCAAGACUCCUACCCUGACCCCUGCCAGCCUCCAGGAGUUUCCAGGGGAAGCUUGUAAUUGAGAAGCUUGGUGCCCGUGUGGGGCUCAUACGGGCACAAUGGUUCCGCACGCCAUACAAAAACACAGGCUGGAUUACCUGGCUAUGCUGUGCGUGCGUUACCAUGUGAUGUGCCAUGUGCCACAUGUGACUUGGGCCCAGUGUUUCAGCCUCAAACCCAGGUGAACCCUGUGAGGUGAAAGAUAUAAUUGUGAACUGAUGGAGAGUUAAGCUAAAAUAUUUGCUCCGUUUAAAUAAAGAAAUAUUUAUUUGUUUGACUAAA